AUGGAAAAUUGGGAACUUUACACUCAGUGCAGGGGGGCUCAAAUUGUUCCCAAUUUUGGCUGGAAAAACAAACAACUCACACAAGGGAUUAAUUGACACUCUGAUAAACCAAAUUCAAGAUCUGAAGAAUGGUCAUACAGUGGAUGAGAGUGACAUUGUUUUGGUUUUCUGUCCUAUUGUUUCUCGAGCUGGAACUGAUAUUGAGGCAGCGAUGAAAAAAAUCUAUUUCUCUACAGUCUCAAAGAUGGUGGUGCUAGUGGUGCUACAUCACACAUUUGACCCAGAGAAAACUGUACCAGACAGCAGCAGAUGUGUCAACAGGACAGAUAUACUGACAGUGGACUGUCUGUUCUAUGAAGACACAGGAUUACUGAAGUGUCAGAAAAAUGAUGAUGCAAUCGACAAAGUUGUGAACUGGUUAAUACAGCAGGGGGAGAAGAAAGGUAUCAAAGCAUGUCGACGGCAAGACCACUCAUCAUAUUUCUGGACAGGGUGGUUUGGUCAAUCUAAGCAGAAGGUGGAAAAGAAGACUCAAGAAUCAAAGGACAGUCAGCAUCACCAGUCAGCAGCGAAUAAGAUGAAUACGAGUUCACAGGAGCAGAAUGGAGGAAAUUCUCCACAGCUGGAAAAAGAGAAUCAAGAAUCAAAGGACAGUCAGCAUCACCAGUUAGCAGCGAAUAAGAUGAAUACGAGUUCACAGGAGCAGAAUGAAGAAAAUUCUCCACAGCUGGAAAAAGACAAUCAAGAAUCAAAGGAAAGUCAGCAUCACCAGUCAGCAACGAAAAAGAUGAAUUUGAGUUUACAGGAGCAGAAUGGAGGAAAUUGUCCACAGUCGGAAAAAGAGAAUCAAGAAUCAGAAGACAGUCAGCAUCACCAGUCAGCAACGAAAAAGAUGAAUUUGAGUUUACAGGAGCAGAAUGGAGGAAAUUCUCCACAGUCGGAAAAAGAGAAUCAAGAAUCAAAGUACAGUCAGCAUCACCAGUCAGCAACGAAUAAGAUGGAUUCCAGCUCACAGGAGCAGAAUAAAGGAAAUUCUCCACAGCUGGAAAAAGAGAAUCAAGAAUCAAAGGAAAGUCAGCAUCACCAGUCAGCAGCAAAUAAGAUGAAUACGAGUUCACAGGAGCAGAAUGAAGGAAAUUCUCCAAAGUCGGAAAAAGAGAAUCAAGAAUUAAAGGACAGUCAGCAUCACCAGUCAGCAACGAAUAAGAUGGAUUCCAGCUCACAGGAGCAGAAUAAAGGAAAUUCUCCACAGCUGGAAAAAGAGAAUCAAGAAUCAAAGGAAAGUCAGCAUCACCAGUCAGCAGCAAAUAAGAUGAAUACGAGUUCACAGGAGCAGAAUGAAGGAAAUUCUCCAAAGUCGGAAAAAGAGAAUCAAGAAUUAAAGGACAGUCAGCAUCACCAGUCAGCACUGAAUAAGAUGAAUACGAGCUCACAGGAGUUGUCUCCCCAGAAAUGCAGCAGAUGGGAUCAUGUUCCUAGUCCAUCCGACUGGAGACACAAACAUGUCUGAUGUGGAUGUUCCCUGCAGAGACAGUUUGUAGAAGUGGACAUUUAUAAAUAAAUAUUAAUUGUUCAGA